AUGAGUUCCAUCCACCUGGUCUUCGGGCACUUCAGCGAUGGAGUUCGAGGACUUCCGGCGGAACACCUCGGGCAGGCCAUGCGGAUCCUGGGGAUGAACCCCACGGAGGAUCAGGUCUACAAACACUUGGCAGAUCUUGGUCGCCCAUACAUCGACCAAGCGACGUUUCACCGUUUCAUCCAGGACGAAUUGACAAAGUAUCUCGAACAGGUUCAGGCUGUGGUUGACUAUCUGAAGCAAUAUGAUACGGACAACAAGGGCGCCUUGUCCACUGAAGAAGUUCAAGCAGCGAUCAGAGGAAGUGAGCUGAGCCAGAAGAAGCUCCAGGCUUGUUGGGGAAGAAUCAGAACUUGCAGUAAAGGUCAGCUGGAUAUUGUGGAGCUGGCAACGUGUUUUCUGGAGCUGGGUGAUGAGGCGGAAAUGCUUGAGCCAUCGGAGGCAGAGAAAGAGAGAGCAUCUGCGAGUGAAGCAGAUAGCAAAGCAGUCAAAAUUCCGGUGGUCAAAGAUGAUGUAUCAGCUGAUGCCGAGGCAGGCACAACUGAUGAACAAUGCAGAGACAACCCUGCUGAGGAGAGCGCCAGUGGCCCAGCAGCCUACAGCACGAUGUUCAACGAUGUCAUCGCUUCCACGAACGCUGUCUUCAGAUAUUUCUCCCAGCCUUCUGGAGUUCCCGCGGAACGACUUGGACAUGCCAUGGCUAUUCUUGGGAUGAACCCCACGGAAGAUGAGGUCAAAAAGCAUUUGGCAGGUCUCGGAGGUCCAAAAUACAUUGACCAAAAGAUGUUUCACCGUUUCAUAGAGGAGGAAUUGGGAAAGCUGAUUCCGAAAGUUCAGGAAUUGCUGGACUAUCUAAAGCAGUUCGACACGGACGGUAAAGGCGCAUUGUCAGAGGAAGAGCUGCAAGAAGUGAUGAGAGGAAGUGAGCUGAGCCAGGACAAAGUCCAGGCCAGUCUUCGGAAGCUGCCGAGGAACAGUGAAGGUCACCUGGACAUCGUGAAACUGUCCAAGUACUUCUUGGAGCUUGGCAACUCUCAGGCCCCGCAAUGCUCCGCAGCUGAUGCUGUUGAAGCUGACGACUCGAUUCCUGGUACAGCGAAAACUAGGCAGGAUGCCGCCUCCCAGGUGCGAGAAGCGCGGGAGCUCAGUGGCGAUGCUUCGAGCUUCCAUGCCAUUGCCAAAGCGGCCGACGCAGAAGCUCGAUACGGCUUGAAAGAUCCACAGGCUUUCGCCCAAUUCCUACAAGAUUCGGAUGUUCGGUUGGUACGAGCCAAGUACUUGGUAGACUUGGUUCUCUCCAAACGGCCGUUGCCGAGACGGCAAGAAGCAGAAACCGAGACCUUCACGUGCGGUGGCGAGCGUCAGAGUGCGUUGGUGACGCACGAAGAAGUGCAAAAUUGGGCCAAGAGGACCCAGGAGGCAAUCAUUUGUUCCAUUUCCCACGCCUGGGAAACCCGGGAACAUCCAGAUCCCUGUCGGCACCAAUUGCAGCAGAUCGUCAAUCAUACGGGACUGUACGGUGCUGCCUUCAAAGCAGACAUUUGGAUCUUCUAUGAUUACAGCUCGCUCUUCCAAUAUGAAAGAACCAACUCACAUGAAGACAAGAGCUUUCGGAAGGCGAUGAACAACAUGCACCUCAUGUAUGCUCACGAAUGCACUUUGACAUUCAGGAUCGAAACCCUUACUCCAAAGGAUGUUUGGGAAACCAUGAUGGCUGAUGAAGAAGCUGUUGUCCGAGUGUAUGAUGCAGGCAGCAAGACUCUAAAAGAGAAGCCCUUGAAGCUCUUGGAAGCCAACAGAAUUCCAUAUUCACAGCGAGGGUGGUGUAUGGCAGAAAUCGAAUGGUCAUCUCUGAGAGGAGUGAAUGCACAACAUCAACACAUCGACAGGCCGAAGGAUCCGAAGUCUGAGACGCAGAAAUCCGAUGAUCUCAAUGGGAGAGUGCCUAUGAUCCCUGAGAAUUUCAGGCAGCAAAUGGAGCAAGCAAAGUUCACCCAUCGCUCGGAUGCUGACGCAGUGAUCUAUUUGCAACAAAAGAUUUUCAGGGAGAAGGUGAUCGAAUGUCAACACUUGGUGUUGGAAGGCCUUCCGGCCCAAGAGAUCUCGGCACUAGCGCAUGCACUCCCACACUACGAAAAUCUGAAGAGCCUGACGGUGAGGAGGUUUCAAUGUGGCGAGGAAGAGGCAGCGUCCCUAGGGAAGGCUUUGGCAUCAAGUCAAGCGGAGAUGCUUGAAAUCAGCCGGGGCAUCGGUGAAAGUGGCCGAUUCAUGGUGAAGGCUCUCGCGGAAGCCUUGAAGACCAAUCGCUCCGUGCGGGAUAUGAAUUUGGAAUAUAACAUGAUUGGUUCCGAGGGAGCUCAGGCUCUCGCGGAAGCCUUGAAGAUCAAUAGCUCCGUGCGGGACAUGAAUUUGAAACAUAACAUGAUUGGUUCCGAGGGAGCUCAGGCCCGACCUGUUUCGGAUGUGUUGGGCUCUUUGGCUUAG